GCGUGGGCUCCUCGGGAGGAGCUGCUGUCCGAUGCAGGAGGCAGGUGAUGGACGUCAGAAGAGUCGAAGGUCCAAGAGGAAAACCUCCUUCCCUCUUGUCCCUCCUGACGGCAGCUGGUCUCUCAGAGCGAAGAAGAGGAAGCAGGCCAGCGGCGAUGCAGACGGCCUCAGUCUCUGCAGUCUGGACAUCAGCGAGCCCAGCACCAAGCGCAGUAAGCCUGUCUCCAGGGUGGCCUCCCUGGCCAGCCUGCUGCCCCCCGUCAAGACCACCCCCCUGAAGAGGAUCAGUCAGACUCUGCAGCGCUCCAUCACCUUUCGUAACGAGAAUCGAGCAGAGAGGACCACUCCUCCUCCUCCUCCUCCUUCCUCAGCCACGAUGAAGACCCGCGUCAUCGCCGCAACGCUCUCCAGCCCCUCCUCCUCCCUGACUGCGUCACGGGUUUCCAUAGCAACAUGCCCCGCCUCAAAGCGGCGCGACAGCAAGCUGUGGAGCGAAACGUUCGACGUCCGGCUGGGAGCGACGCAGCCGCUGAGCCCGAAGGAGAUAAAACGACAAGAGGCUAUUUUUGAGUUGACUCAGGGAGAACAGGAUCUGGUGGAGGAUCUGAAGCUGGCCAAGAAGGCGUACCACGACCCGAUGCUGAAGCUGUCCAUCAUGACUGAACAAGAACUGAACCAGAUCUUUGGUACUCUGGAUUCUCUGAUCCCUCUGCAUGAAGACCUGCUGAGUCGGCUCCGAGAAGCCAGGAAACCCGACGGGUCCACGGACCACGUGGGACACAUCCUGACGGACUGGCUGCCCUGCCUCUCCUCCUACACCCCGUACUGCAGCAACCAGGUGCAGGCCAAGGCCCUGCUGGACCAGAAGAAGCAGGACCCGCGGGUCCAGGACUUCUUGCAGCGCUGCCUCCAGUCCCCCUUCAGCAGGAAGUUGGACCUGUGGAACUUCCUGGACAUCCCGCGCAGUCGGCUGGUCAAAUACCCGCUGCUGCUCAGGGAAAUCCUGAAGCACACGGCCAACGACCACCCGGACCGGCAGCACCUGGAGGAGGCGGUGCUGAUGGUUCAGAGCGAGGUGGCGGACAUCAACAGGCAGACCGGAGAGUCCGAGUGUCGGUACUACAAGGACCGGCUGCUGUUCUCCGAGGAGGCCCAGAGGGACGGACUCAUCGACCGCUCCAAGACCAUCAGCUGCCACGGAGAGCUGAAGAACCACCGAGGACUCAAACUCCACGUCUUUCUGUUCCAGGACGUCCUGGUCCUGACCCGGUCCGUGUCUCUGAACAACCAGCCCAUCAGCUUCCAGCUCUGCCGCCAGCCCAUCCCCAUCCGCCAGCUGGAGCUGGAGGACCUGUCGGACGGCGAGAUGAGAGUGGGCGGGUCCAUCAGAGGGGCCUUCAGCAACACGGAGCGAACUAAAAACUUCUUCCGGGUUUCGUUCGGUGCGGGAGGCCAGCUGCAGACCCACUGCUUCCAGGCCAGCGACGCCUUCAACAAGCAGCAGUGGCUCAACUGCAUCAGACAGGCCAAAGAAGCAGCAGAGCAGACGGGGGGGCAGCCCCCCGAGAGAGGACCGGCUCCGGAGCCAGGUCCAGGACCACAGAAGGAUCAAACUCUGAUCGAAGCUUCUGGGCGUGAAAAGGAAAAAUCGAUGUGGGGGGAGGCGGAGGCGUGUCUCGUGGUAGGGGAGGAGUUAACGCGGGGGGAGGCGGGUGCAGGUGAGGAGUGUUCGGAGUUGGACGGAUUACCGGACGGUGUGGAGACGGAGACGAGGCAGGAGCGAUGCAAGGUGGACGGAGGAGGAGAGACUCUCGUCUCAGGUGAUGGCCAUGCUCCCGGUUCUGACGUCAAACCAGGAGAGGAGGAGCUGAUGAAGGUGGAGGAGGAGGAGGAGGAGGAGGAGGAGGGCAGCAGGGAGGAAGAACAGGUCAACAUGGACACUGAGGAGUGCGGCGAGCAGAACCAGAGGUGCUGA